CGUAACCAUAGGCAGACUUUAUUACAUGCAGAAGAUUCUGUGGCGGGUCAGAACUGGGCUCUAACAUUGCCGUCCGAUUGUGCCUUAUAGCUGGGAAAUACUCCUGAAGAUGGCAACAGCUUCCGGAAUCGCCAUUCCUCAGUCUGCAGAAGACAUCGCCCCCUCCUGGGUGCAGCAGGUACUGCAGAAGGACCUGCCGGGCGUCUCCAUCACGGACGUCCAUGUCAGGGGAUCCAUCAGCCAAGGCGAGGGGUUCAUGAGCGACAUCAUCGCUUUUGAUGCCGUGGGGAUCAGGAACGGUGUGAGUCAGCGAUACAGUCUCGUCGCUAAGCUGACAGAUUUCAAGCGGCCGUUAACAGUAAUGAAAGAGUGGCCAAAGGACGCGCAGAUAAAAAUCGAUACUACUGAAGUCAAGUUUUACUCGGACGUGGUCCCCGAGCUCCUCUCUCUUGCAAACCCAAGCACAGAGCGACAAACCGACAAGGAAGAAACUGACCCUCCUGCUAAUUCCUUAUCGAUCCCAAAAUGCUACUUCGCCGCUACCGAUCCGAGUUCUAUGGUGUCCGUCAGGGUUAUGGAGAAUCUGAAAACUCAGGGCUUCUCCAUCAAACCCGACCGCCAGUCGCUGAGCCGAGAUGAGAUGAUGCUUGCAGCCGGGGCGCUGGCGCAGCUGCACGGCCUGUCACAUCGGCUGGAGCUCCGCGUAGGCGUCCCUCUUCGUCAGAAGUACGACUGGAUCGUGUCUCUCUCAGAUGUCAAAGCUGCGUCAAUGCAACUUGCAGGGCCCAUGUACCGGGAAGCCGUAAAGGAAUUCGCCGCAGUCUUUCCUGACCAGGCAGAUCUUGUAGCUCGUCUGGAGAAGUUAAACCUUCAGCAUCCAAUGAUGGAGGACCCGAGGCUUAUGGUGCUAAGCCAUGAAGAUGCUUACGGCAAUAACAUCAUGUUUAAGUGCGCUGAGGAUGUGCCCACUGAUGUGAGGCUGGUGGACUGGCAGGUUGUUGCGUACCUGCCACCGACCUAUGACCUGGCGUUCCUGUUUCUUUUAAACGCGGAUCCGGACGUCUUCCACCACCACAGGGACGCCAUCCUGGCGCACUAUCACCACAAACUGAUGGAGACCCUGGGUACAGACGAAUCCUCGGGCCUACAGAGCUACACACUGGAACAGCUGAAGGCAGACUUUAAAGCCGACUGUCCGUUUGGGUUGUUCCACGGUCUCAUACGGUUGAGGGGCCUUCAUGCAGAUCGAGGUUUGCUGCAAAUAAUCCAGGAGAUCAAGGAGUGGGGAGUUAUCUAGAUAUACACAUGACCGAUAAAUAGACUCUCCGCGAGUACUUGCUUUUUUUCAAUAAUUUUAUUCAAGAAAAUAGAAUAAAUAUUAUACAAAUAGACAAAAAGUACAUGGAUUACAAUAAGCUACAUAAAGACGGCACAUUUAGUCUUGAUAAACAAAAAACAAUGCAUGUCUUUUCUAUGGUUUAAACAAAACUAUAGAUACUACAUAGUACUGAAACAAGAAUAAAUUAAUUUAUAAUUGUUGAUACAUGUAUAACAACAAGGCAAAAAGAAAUAAUUAAUUCGAACAUAAUGCAAUUUUAUAGUUGGGGUGAUUAAGAUUCCUGUCACCAUAUAUGUAAAUGUAUUGUGUGAGAAUCAACAGAGCAGACCUAGAGCAGACCAAAUUAUGCGAAGGUAAACAUUAUGCAUUUGCUUUGCAAAUGUAAGCUUUGUAGUUGUUGUAUCUUUUACUUUGAUGCGGUGAAGUAUUUAAUUCCCUUUACACGUGAUGGUGGCUGUGUAUAUGUGAUGUUCCCACUGGAUCAAAAUUGUAAAACGUUUGCAAACUUUUUUUUCAAAGUUGUCUCAGUGACAAAUGGAUGUUGUAGUAGGUGUGAAUAUACCUAACACAAUAUAGGCACCAUUUCUCGUCGAUCUAACGAGGUUGAUGAUGUCAAAAUUUGAAAAUGUUGGAAUCUUGUUUUUUUUGGGCUCGCCUUGUUUUUUGUUUCGUCAUAUCGCAUUAGAUUCUUCUAGGGAGGAUGUCAACUAUAAAACUUAAAUUGCUGUGACUUAGAAAGUUUAUUGCAAGUUUCUGUCCAAAGACUAAUCGUAGAAAACAUAGAUAAAAUACCA